AUGGCGGAAAGCGCCGCCGGUGCUGCUGCUUCCCCUAAUCCUCUGUCUUCUCCUCCCAUUCAAAUGGACACUUCAACGCCACAGUUGUCACAGCAGCAGCAGCAGCAGGCCAACGCCAAUUUGAACGCGGCCGCUUUGACGUCACCGCAGGCCGGCGGUGGGAUGCCCAAUUUGCCGCAGCAGACUCUGCAAAUCUCUUCCCCACCUCUUCCUCCCGAUCAGCAUCAGCAGCAGCAGCAGAAUGUGGCUGCGGUGGCGGCUGCUGCUGCAAUGUCGGGGUACCAAAUCCCUCAGUCGCUGCAGAGAUCUCCUUCCAUGUCUCGGCUAAGCCAGAUGAACCAAGUUCAGCAGCAGCAGCAGCAGAAUCAGUUCGGUGGCGUUUCGAGGCAGCAGCAGCAGAAUCAUCAGCAGCAGCAGCAGGGGAUUUAUGGGCCAAUGAAUUUCGGAGGAGGGUCGGGUUCAAUUCAGCAGAAUUCUCAGCAGAGCCAUCAAUUGGGUGGUAGUAAUGGUGCCGCUGGGAAUUUGUCUCGUUCAGCUCUUCUCGGUCAGAGUGGGCACCUGCCGAUGAUGACCGGGCCAACUGCUGCCGCCUCGGCUCAUUUGAACUUGCAGUCGCAGUUAUUGACCUCGCCUAGACAGAAAGGUGGAAUGGUCCAAGGAUCUCAAUUCCAUCCAGGGAAUUCUGGUGGGCAGGCUUUACCCGGGGUGCAGGCAAUGGGGAUGAUGGGGUCACUUAAUUUGAGCUCCCAGUUAAGAUCUGGUGCUCUUGCAUAUGCUCAGCAGCGAAUGAGUGCAGGUCAGAUGCGUCAGCACCUGGCACAGCAAAACUCCCUCAACUCUGCUCAGGUCUCAAAUUUGUCCAGGACAUCUUCACUGGCAUUCAUGAACCCUCAGCUAUCAGGGCUGGCUCAGAAUUCACCUCAAGCUCUCAUGCAGAACUCUUUGUCACAACAGCAGUGGUUGAAGCAAACGCCGGCUCUAUCGGGUCCCGCCUCACCCUCUUAUCGCAUUCAACAACAGAGGCAAUCCCAACUACUCCUGCAGCAGCAGAUGUCGUCGUCUUCUCAGUUGCACCAAAAUUCCAUGGGAUUGAAUCCACACCAACUGUCUCAGCUCGUACAGCAGCAGCAGCAGCAGCAGCAACAACAACAACAACAACAACAACAACAACAACAACAACAGCAGCAACAGCAACAACCUAGUACGAGCCACCAACAGCUACAGCAGCAACAACAGCAACAGCAGCAGCUACAACAUCAACAACAGCUACUCCAACAGCAGCAGCAGAUUCCUUUGCAUCAGCACCAGCAGCAAUCUCCAAGAAUCCCGGGACCAGGUGGUCAGAAAUCAGUUAGUUUGACAGGGUCACAGCCAGAUGCGACAGCAUCUGGUACAACCACUCAAGGAGGGAGUUCUAGCCAAGGCACGGAAGCAACUAAUCAACUUCUUGGGAAGAGAAAGAUACAAGACUUAGUUUCCCAGGUGGAUCCUCAGGGGAAGCUAGAUCCUGAUGUAGAAGACCUUCUUUUGGAGAUUGCUGAUGACUUCAUUGAUUCUGUGACCUCAUUUGCUUGCAAUUUGGCCAAGCACAGGAAGUCCUCUACUCUAGAGUCCAAGGAUUUAUUGCUACAUUUAGAGAAAAACUGGCACUUGACAGUUCCUGGAUUUUCAACCGAGGAUCAAAAGCAGCAAAGAAAACCAUUAUCGAGUGAUCUCCACAAUAAGCGACUUGAUAUGGUGCGAGCACUCAUGGAAUCUUCGCAUUCCGAAGCAAAUAACAAUAAUCCAAAAGAGACCGUUGCUACACCAGGAAUAAGCAACCCAACAAUGGUUAACAACAACAACCACCACCUGCUUAUGAGACCUUCUCUGAGUUCAGGGCAGUUGGUUUCACAACCAAACCCUAACCAAAUGUUGCAGCAAAUGACCCGUUUUUGA